GAAAAAACGAAAGCAGAGAGUUGCUGCCUCACAUCCAGGCUCGGAGUCUCUCCUCCCACCCGUCGGCCGGACAGACGUUAACAGCUCUCAGACACACUGCAGCAGCCAUGUUGUUGCUGUGACACACUGAGCUGUCAGCAACAGGUCUUUUCUACUAGCACCGCUGCUAAACUGCAACCUACUGUCACAGCUCUGCGCUUCUGGCCGAACCCCAAACGUCGUCAUUGUUGUCGGAAUCAAGCCCAGAACAGAGUGGAUGAUAACUUCAGAGCUUUUGGAAGUUUUCAUUCUUGCCUGGAGUGAGAGAUGGAUACGAGCAGAUGCUGAGAGACCACCAGGACGUCCCCUGCUCUGACGCCACCUGCAAACAUGAACGGUGGUCCAAGUGUUUGGGCGAUCUCGCCUGAAGAGAGGGACAAGCAUGACCAGAAGUUUGACACCCUCUCUCCAUUGAUGGGCUAUGUCUCGGGAGAGCAGGCAAGGAAGUUCUUCCUGCAGUCAGGAUUGUCACCCUCAGUCUUGGCUGAGAUCUGGUCCCUGGCUGACAUGAACAAAGAUGGGAAGAUGGACCGGCUGGAGUUUUCCAUUGCAAUGAAGCUCAUCAAGUUGAAAUUGCAGGGAACACAACUUCCAAAAGCUCUUCCAAUCAUCAUGAAGCAGCCUCCAGUCCCUGCACCCAACAGUAAUAUGUCCAAACCCUCCUACGGUGUUGGAUCAGUCCCUAAUUUGGCCAUGAUGCCUGGAGGCAACCUUACCCUGUUGACUCCUAUCCCCAUGGCAACUCCAGGACUCUCACCUAUGACACCGAUGACAGGACUCACACCGUUGGUUCCAACAGCAACAGGCAUGAGCCCACUAAUUGGAUCCACCCCCACCAGACCCAUGAUGGGAAGCUCGCCGUUACCCAAUGGCACCAUCGGACUUCUUCAGCACAUGCCUUCAGGAGCUUUGGCCCCUGGCAUGGCUCUUUCUGGGUCCCCUUACUCUCAGCUGGGUCUUGCCACUUCCGCAAAUUUGAACAAGUCUCCAUCCUUGUUGGAUCUUGGAUUAAACAGCUCCACUUCCUCGUCCCAGUCUCCUCUAACUGUCCCGGUUCCCAGUGACUGGGCUGUUCCACAUGCAUCCAGGCUCAAAUAUAGGCAGCAGUUCAACAGCCUGGACAAACUGAUGACGGGAUACCUGACUGGUCAGCAGGUGAGAGGUGCCAUGGCAACCACAAUGCUCACUCAAACACAGCUAGCUUCCAUCUGGACUCUGGCAGAUGUGGACAAGGAUGGCAAGUUAAAGGCAGAGGAAUUCAUUCUGGCCAUGCACCUGGUGGACAUGGCCAGGUCUGGACAAACUUUGCCUCCCACACUACCAUCUGAACUCAUUCCCCCCUCACAAAGGGGCUCUGUUAAUGGAUCCAGCUCUCCGAACUACGCGGCUCUGGUAGAGGAUUUUGACAUUGAACCUCCACAGAAGAUGAAGAGCAACUUGACAUUCGAGGAUAAAUUCAAAGCCAACUUGGAGCGAGGGAAUGCAGAACUGGAGAAACGAAGACAAGCGCUGCUGGAGGCAGAGAGGAGGGAGCAAGAGAGGAGAGCUCAAAAGGAAAGAGAAGAGCAAGAAAGGAGAGAGAAGGAGGCAAGGGAGGCAGAGGAGAGGAGGAAAAAAGAGGAGGAAAGGCGGCUGGAGCGACAGCGGGAGCUGGAGAGGCAGAGAGAAGAGGAGCGUCAGAGGGAAAUUGAGAGAAAAGAGGCAGCACAGCGGGAGCUGGAACGCCAGCGAAAGGAGGAAUGGGAAAGGAGGAGGCGAGGCGAGCUUCAAAUAAAGAGGGAGCAGGAGCAGGAUGACAUCAUCAGGCUGAAAGCUAAAAAGAAGAGUCUAGAGAUGGAGUUGGAAGCUGUGGGUGACAAGCAUCGUCAGAUUUCGGACCGACUCAGAGACAUUCAGAAUAAGAAGAAGCUUCAUAAAACAGAGCUGGAUCUCAUCAAACAGAGGAAAGACUCUCGGCAGCAGGACAUAAACAACUUGCAGAAGCAGCUGGAGGAUUUUCAGAGAAAGUUGUCCCAGUUGACCCCAGAGCAGAAGCGGCUGGCUGAAAAACUAAAAAACAUGUCUCUCAACAACAUGCCGGUCACCACAGUUUCAACGCUGAAGUCAAGUGUUUCAGAGAAGAGGGGUAACUGCAUCAAGAUGAGGGAGCAGCUGGAAGCUCUCGAGAAAGAAACGGCAGCGAAGCUGGCGGAAAUGGAUCAAUAUAAUAAAGAUAUACAGUCUGUGGCUGCUGAGGACUCUCUGCUUCAGGCUCUGCUCUGUCUGCUGGCCUGCCUCCGUAACCUCUUCUUCCUACUGAAGGAGCUCCGAGAGAGUCAGCAAAACCAGCAGGCUGCUCUGGAAAAACUACGGCACAUCAAAGAGGACAAAAGGCGUGAGCUGACGCGGCGGAAGGAGCAGGAAGAGGAGAGGAGGAGGCAGGAGGAGGAGAGGAAAAGAGAGGAAGAAAAGCGGCGCAAAGAGGAAGAGGAGGCACAAAGGCGCAUCAAAAUGGAAAAAGAGCGUUUACUGCGGGAGAAGUUAAGGAAGGAAGAAGAGGAGCGUCAGAGAAGGCUCCGUGAGGAGAGGGAGGCCAAACAGAGAGAGGAGGAGGAGAGGGAAAGACAAGCUCUCAUCCUGGCUGCGAAACUGGAGGCCGAGCGAGAGCUCAGGGCAAAGGAGGAGGCUGAGCGGAAGAGGAGAGAUGAGGAGGAGAGGAAAAAAAGAGAGGAGGAGGAAAGGCAGCGGCAAAUCGAGAGACGGCGCCAGGAGGAAGAGAGGAGAAAGCUGGAGGACGAGAGAAGACUUUUAGAGGAAGAAAGAAGGAAACUUGAGGAAGAUAGAAGGAGGGAGGAAAAGAGGAGGAAAGAAGAGGAGGAAAGACUGAAACGCGAAGAAGAGAGGAAAAGAAUUGAAGAGGAGCGACGGAAAGAAAGGGAACGGGAGGAAGAGGAAAGAAGGAGACAGAGGGCUGCAGAGGCGGCUGUUCGAGAUGCAGAGGAACGAAAGAAGAGGGAAGAUGAGGAGAAAAUAAGGAGGGAGGAGGAAAGAAAAAAGAGAGAGGACGAGGAUCGUCGAAGGAAGGAGGAGGAGAGGAGAAAACUUAGACUUCAGCAGGAGCAAGAAGAAGAGAGGAGGAAGCGAGAGGAAGAACAAAAUAGGGCUGAAGAGGAGAGGGCCAGAAGAGUUAAGGAAGAGGAGGCAAAGAGAGCAGCGGAGGAAAGAAAGAAAAAGGAGCAACAGCCAAGUGGAGGAAAGAUUGAUAUCCAGGAGAAACUAACAGCUCUGCUGCGAGGAUUGGAGGAGAGAAAAGGUGGACAACCGAGAGCUGCCCACCACAGAAAGUCAGCUGCUCUCACGUCCUUCAAAGCACUUUACCCUUUCACUGCCCGAAAUGCAGAGGAGCUGACCUUCAACGCUGAUGACAUCAUAGAGGUGGAUGAGACGACGGAGCGUGAGGAGGGCUGGCUGUACGGUAGCAGGCAGGGAAAGAUUGGCUGGUUCCCUGAGAGUUACGUGGAGAAAGUUACAUCAUCAUCAGCCACCCCCACUAAUGCUGCUCCGGCUCCAGCUUCAGCUUCUGUUAGUGCUGCUGCUGUCGUGUCUCCCAAAGCACUUUUACAGUCACAGCUGUCUAAUGCACUGGAGGCUGCAAAAGCAGCUGGAACCAAAUCUGCCUUCACACCCACUCACUCGCCACAUCUGACCCCCUCUGAAUCCCAAGGACAGCAGGUGGUGGGAAAUGUUCUUGCCCGGGCGCUCUGCUCCUGGACUGCCAAGACCGACAACCACCUAAACUUCAACAAGGAUGAUGUGAUUCAGGUUCUGGAGCAGCAGGAGAAUUGGUGGCUAGGGAAACUGAAUGGGCAACAAGGCUGGUUCCCAAAGACCUACGUGACACUGCUGGGUGAAGAUGAAAGUGCAGACUUAAAGAGCAUCUCAUCCGACACGUCAGAGUCCAGUGACAGUCAGCAACUGGAAGAAUAUGUGGCACUGUACACUUAUGAGUCUCCCGAGCCCAAUGACCUGACCUUCAAUGAAGGAGAUGUGAUCUUGGUCAGCAAGAGGGAAGGGGAGUGGUGGCACGGCACUAUUGGUGACCGCGCCGGUGUUUUCCCCAACAACUACGUCAAACCGAAGGAGACAGAUGCAUCAAGCACAUCUGGAAAGAAGAAGCAAGAAAUAGCUCAGGUGACCAGGCCUCGCUCCUCCACUGGCCAGCAGCAGCUCAAUCUGGAAAAUGGUCAGCUCAUUGUCGUUCUGUCCAAGAACACCUCUGGAUGGUGGCUUGGAGAGCUGCAGGCUCGGGGCAAAAAGCGUCAGAAGGGCUGGUUUCCUUCCUCCAAUGUUAAAAUACUGGGCUCCAACAGUGGAAAAUCCACACCAGCACCACAAACGGUCUGCCAGGUCAUCGCGAUAUACGACUACAAGGCUGCCAAUGAAGAUGAAAUGAGCUUCUCCAAAGGUCAGGUCAUUAACGUCCUGGACAAGAGUGACCCUGAUUGGUGGAAAGGAGAGAUCAACGGCACCACAGGCUUGUUCCCAACGAAUUAUGUGAAGAUGACUACAGCUGACUGUGACCCGAGCCAACAGUGGUGUGCAGACCUGAAUAGCCUGGACUCAUUGAGCCCUCAGGAGAAGAAAAGACAGGGUUACAUCCAUGAGCUGAUCCAGACUGAGGAGCGCUAUGUGGAAGACCUGCAGGUGGUUCUGGAGGUUUUCUACAAGCCCAUGUCUGAAUCUGGACGACUGAACAGUACUGAGAUGGAUAUGAUCUUUGUCAACUGGAGAGAACUAUUGACCCGCAACACAAGCUUGCUCAGGGCGUUACAGAGUCGGAAGAAGAGCGGCGGGGAGAACAUGCCAGUGCCGAUGAUUGGAGAUAUCCUCGCGGCUGAACUGUCCCACAUGCAGCCAUACAUCCGCUUCUGCUCCUGUCAGAUCAACGGAGCAUCUCUGCUGCAGACUCGCACUGACAACGAGCCAGACUUCAAACUCUUCCUCAAGAAAAUCGCCUCCGACUACAGGUGUAAAGGAAUGCCGCUGUCCAGCUUCCUGCUGAAGCCCAUGCAGAGGAUCACACGCUACCCACUGCACAUCAAAAAUAUCCUGGAAUGCACUGCUGAAGGCCACUCUGACCAGGGGCAUCUAAAGGAGGCUUUGGAGCGAGCAGAGGAGCUCUGUCAGCAGGUGAAUGAAGGUGUGCGAGACAAGGAGAACUCAGACAGGCUGGAGUGGAUCCAGUGUCAUGUCCAGUGUGACGGCCUUAGUGAGAACCUGCAUUUUAACUCGCUCACCAACUGUUUGGGCCCGAGGAAGUUGCUCCACAGUGGAAAGAUGUUCAAGGUGAAGAGCAACAAAGAGCUGUGGGCGUUCCUCUUCAACGAUCUGCUGCUGUUGACUCACUCUGGGAAACAGUUCUCCUCAUCUGGGCUGGAUAAACUCUUCAACAGCAGAAGUAACACUCAACUCAAAAUGUACAAGCCGCCGGUUCUGCUGAAUGAAGUUCUGGUGAAGCUGCCGGACCCUUCCAGCGACGAGCCUGUUUUCCACAUCUCACACAUCGAUAGAGUCUAUAUUCUCAGGACGGAAAACAUCAACGAGCGGACCGCCUGGGUCCAGAAGAUCAAGGCUGCGUCCGAGGAGUUUAUUGAGACGGAAAAAAGAAAACGGGAGAAAAUGUAUCAAGGUCGGUCAGUGAAGGCCAGUGGAAUCGGGCGACUACUUGUCACCAUCUUGGAAGCCACUGAACUGAAGGCGGGAAAAUCAAACGGAAAGAGUAACCCCUACUGUGAGGUCACCAUGGGGCCUCAGAUCUUCACCUCUAGAACCAUGCACGACACCCUCAACCCCAAAUGGAAUUUCAACUGUCAGUUUCACAUCAAAGAUCUGUACCAGGACGUCCUCUGCAUCGCCAUCCAGGAGAACAACCUGUUCUCGCCUGACGACUUCCUGGGCCGGACUGAAGUUCCCGUCGCAACAAUCAAGAAGGAGUUGGAGAACAAGGGCUCGAUAACCAGACGCCUCCUGCUGCACGAGGUUCCCACCGGGGAAGUGUGGGUCCGCUUGGACCUUCAGCUCUUCAAUGGGAAAUAGUCACAUGACGGGAAGUCACCUGACUAAGCUCGUCCUAUGCCAUAUCUGACAUUCACACUGCUUGCCUUAAUAUUUUAAUAAUAAACACGACUUAAAUAA